AUGUUUUAUAUAUUGGUCAACAAGAUAUUAUUCACCAUCCUCUUGAGUCAACUAAUCCACCCGCUAUUGGCGUCGGAUAUACCGAAUUGUGCAUUCCAAGACACCGUUAGCCUAAUUGACAUUCAACCACAUAUCGAUGGCUCUUACGAAUAUGAUGGCGUACGGAUUCCAGCAAAUAUGACAGCCACAUACACAUAUGAGGAGCUUGGUGAUGGUACGAGGAUUCCUGCGCCGUCGCAUGCCAGGGGAUGCGCCUGCAAAUUGAAGCAAUGCAUUCAACUUUGCUGCGCACCUGAGGAGCGACUGGAUGAAACAUUGAAGACAUGUGUUAAACGUAAGCUCAUGGAAUAUCCAAAAAUCGACACUUAUACAAAAAAUCUCAAACGGAGUGUUAGCGAUGUGUUCAAAAAAUACAUACCCCAGCAGCGUAUGCCUUGUGAAGAUUUCAAAAUCUUGAAUCCAAAUUUAGACAAUGAUUUCAAUAUUUUAUAUGAGAACGGCACAGUAUAUCAUGUAGUUAUGGAAAAAUACAUUUCACAUCGUGAUUUCUGUCUCACACCCUACUGGCAAAAUGAAACCUCUCUAUCUUUGAGUCCGAUACAGUGUGUUCAGAAAUCUUUUUUAUAA